UUACUCUUAGCUCAAGAUUGGAAAAAUGUUGGGAGCUGUGGAGCUGGUUUGAGUAAGGAAUGCGGUUAACAUAGUUUUUUGAAUAUCUUUUUAAGGUUAUUUAGCAAAUGAGGCUCAGUAUGAUCUAAAGAAUUAUGCAACUCGGCCUCAGCAGACCUCCUGAGACCAGCAUAAUUCGUAAGAUGAUACGAAAGCCGAAUUCGAUAACUGCCUUACUAUUCAUUCAAAAUAAUUCAAACUUAAGAAACAUAAUAUAUGGAUUUAGCCAAGGCCACAAGCGAUGCUCUCGUGGGAUCUGUUUAGAAAAUUCUUCUGACCAAUCACCGAUAAGUUAAAAAAGAAUUUGUUAAAACCAAAUUUUCUUAGGAAUUUUAUUACCCAUGGUGCUUCGCUGCACGGACUUUGUAACCGCGAGAGCUCCGCUACUAGAACAUGCUUACCUCGAUCCGUGUUAAGUUUCCGUCCUUAUUUGCAUGUUCCAUGGCAAAUUCAGGAUUUAAAGGGAUGUACAGUCUAGCCGAUAUUUUUGUAUAUAACAGUUGUCCUCCGCUGAGUUGUCAGUUUUUGCUGCUCUUGUUAUUUUUAGGCACUAGUUCGGCUGUUUCUUCUCCGCAACACAAGUUAAAUUUUCCGUCAUUUUCUCUGCCACUCAACCAACGAGCUGAAAGCUCAAAUAAAUCACCUAUAGAAGCCUGAAGAUCGACACUGAAAUGGAAAGAAACUUCUUUAAACUUUUUAAAUACGUAGGACGUAGAUAACACCUCCUUGACUCCAUUUAAGUGUCAAGGUACACUAAACAGUCCUAAAAUUGCGCAAUUCUAAUAAAAUAUAAUUCAAGGAUAGAAUUUAAUCUGUUCACUCAUUGAAGGUGAAGAUGUUAAGUGAUUGAUUUUGGAUGUCCAUUUUAAUCAAAAUCAGUUUAGUUACAUACAGCAUGAUAAACACUCCAUCGCCUGUCUAUCAAACAAAAUAUUGGCUAAUCGAGUAACCAGGACAUAACGAUCAAUGUUUUCUUACACCAUCCAGAGUGUGGUCCGCAAUGUCAAAGGCUAUGCCUCAGUCAACACAAUUACUACCGUUCUCUACACAAUUCGCCUCCACUCAAGUGUGAUCCAGAUUUAGCAUUAUCUGCGCAGGCAUGGGCUGACGCUAACGCCCAUAAUCACACUGUUCAGAGUUCCACGCCAUCAAGUGACAACAUUGAGAGCAUUUCAUGGAAGAAAUGGGGAUGGAAAGGAAUGGAAUCAAAACUGGGUGCGAUUCCCGGCGCUGUGAGGAGUUGGUACAGUGAAAUUAAACGAGGCUACAACUAUGAUAUAGGUAAGUAUCGCUGGAAAUUGUUUGACUGA